AUGCGCACGGCAGACCAGUUCCUCGAGCAGAUGAAUGAAUUCGCUCGAGCUUACUACACGAACCCCCUGAUCAACAUGAGCGUGGAUCAGAAAGGGGAUGAAGAGAACGGGGACAUGAUCAAUCUCCCGUACCAGCGAGGAAACAUGUUCCUUGUUCUCAUGGACGCACUCAUCUCGAACAAAUCGAACGGAACACGCUCAAUGGAUAAUGUCGUCCAGGCGCUGUUGGACCGAAGUCGAGCUCACCAGGGGGACAAGCUCGAAGACCUCCUUGACCUUCUGGUGAAAGAGGUGGGGCCUAAAGCACGCACGGAAUUUGAGGAAAUGUACCGUGGCAAAACAUUAGUGAUGCCCGAAAACAGUCUCGGUGCCGGCUUUACCGUGGAACAAGUGCAGAUUCCGAGGGGGGACUGCUCGCCAGCCACCAAUGGCCCAUGUGACCAGCCAGUCAUGGUUAUGGCAUAUCAAUGGAAGAGGAAGCCCGGCGUGAGUGACGCAGCAAGUCCGGUUUGA